AUGCCAAAGCAGAGGAUGGAAGGGGAACGCGAGACCAAACGCGUGAAACUCGUGCACACCGCCGCCAUCAACGCCAUCAACGCGCCCAUGCAGCGGCGACUGCGCAAGAUGAGCGAGGAGUUCCAGCCGUCCAGCUUCAGCUUCCUCGUGCAGGCGCGGCUGCUCUGCGUGGGGCUGGCCGUGGUCUACCGGGUGUCGCUCUCGCUGACUAUCACCAGCACAUGCAUGGCGGCGACCGGCGCGACGACGACGUCUUCGUCCUCCUCGAACGGCGGCCACACGACACAAUCCGCGUGGGUCAUUGCCAUGAGCCAGACCAAGUUUCGUGGCUUCUACGCCCAAGUCGCUGCCAUCCUGCACCAUCCAACGGUAGCACAACACCUCGCGCCGACGAAUAUCCAGCAGCAGCAACACGACGAGGGCCAAGAAAUCGUCGUGGAAUGGAAACCCUUUGAGGUGUUCCUACGGAUCCUGGCCGAGGUCUUCCACCGAUACGAACACCUGCAGUACGCGGCGUUCUCCAUCCACGCAGACGCUGCCACCAUGAACAUUGGGAAGGUGGAACUCGAGGGGUUCCUCUCUGAAUGUUGGAGGGCAUUGGAGGUGAUUGUUCCGGCGCUGGUAGUGGAGCCGUACCUACCCGCUCCAUUGGGGCGUGAAGUGUUGUACAUCUACUUACUGAUGCGGGACUUCUUGUCACUCCCUGAGAGCGUGCUGGACGCGAAUUGCACGUACGCGAACGCCAUCCUGAGCCUCGAAGACGUCGAAGAUUUGCUGCCCACGCACUCCGAGCACUCGUGCAGCAUUUGCCUCGAGCCGCUGGUCUCGGGUGAGAUGAAGGGGCUUGAGAUACCUGAAAGCACAUCCAGCAGCGGCACGCCCGAUGCCAGCUCUGGCAACUUCUCGGUGAGACUGCCCUGCGCCCACGUGUACCACGAGAACUGCAUCAUGUCGUGGCUGCGGCACAACCCGAGCUGUCCGGAAUGCCGCGCACCAGUCGGCACCGGCCAGUAG